AUGUAUUUUAUUGGAAUAGUUUUGUUAAUUAAUUUCUUAAAAUUAUCCUCGGGUGAUUUGUGUGAAGUAUGUACGUGCUCAGGCACGAUUAUUGAUUGCAAUGGUCGAGUGAAUGCGAGCGACAGAAAUAAUUUAAAAUUGUUAACCAGUGAAAUCGCCCAGGAGAUUAUCAUAUCAAGCGACAACACUUCAGUGGAAAUUUCAAUUCAUAAAAAUACAGUACAGCAGUUUAAAAUUAUCGAUUUAUCAAAUAAUAAUUUGGAUGAAAGUGUAAUAAGUGCUUUUAGCAGUUUGAUUAAUCUAAAAGAACUCAAUUUGUCUUCAAAUAAUUGGAAAAAAAUAAUCCCAAAUGUCUUUGAGUACUUUCUGUCACUGUCUAAACUUAAUUUGAGUCAUAAUUUAAUAACUGAGAUAAGCUUUAGUUCGUGUAACUUGACUCAUCUUGAUUUAUCAUACAAUCAGCUUAUAAUUCUGUCAACUGGACAAUUGAAUUGUCCUCGCUUAAUAUUUAUUAAUUUAUCUUUCAAUUCAAUAACUUCAAUAGACACUCAGGCAUUUACCAAUUUGAAUUCUAUCGAUACAUUGCUGCUUAAUAAUAAUUUAAUCCAUUCACUGGACAUUUUUAUACCUCCUACAAAACAACUCUCAGUGGCACACAAUAAAUUAUCCCAGUUCCCAGGGAAUUUAUCAGUGGAAUUUCUUGAUAUAAAUCAUAAUUUUAUCUCUAUGGUUCAAACCAGUCUGACUGCCGAUCGACUGCAAUCACUGGAUAUCAGUAAAAAUAAUUUGUAUUUCAUAAAUGCAAGCUUUGUUAAUCUGAAACUGCUCAAUAUAUCUUACAAUAAUUUUUCUUCCAUCCCACCGCUCUCUUUUGAGGAUUUUCCUGCGUUGGAAGAGCUUAUAAUCAGUGGAAAUCCAUUAGAUAAAUUAAUAUUUAACACUCGAAUAAAAUUGAAAAGAUUUAUUGCAAGUGAUUUAAAUUUAAUAGAGAGUAUUGAUGAAAAUUCGUUUGAUUUGCUGCAAGAACAGGAAAACAACUGUAUUAAUUUAACGAUUUCUUUCAACAAAAACUUGAAAUUUGUCUACAAUAAUUCGUUUAGCAAUCAUCGUAUUUGCUACUUGGACUUGAGCAACAACAGACUAGAACGUAUUUCAAAACAAUCGAUUAAAAUUUCUAAUGAAUUAAUACCUAAUUACGGAAUAAAUUUACAAGGAAAUCCAAUGAUUUGUGAUUGUGAAUCUCAAUGGAUGUUGGACGAUUUAUUACCAAAGUUAUGUAAUAAGCCGAGAGAAGUAUUCAAUGUACGGAUGGUACACUGGUAUAAAUGGAAGACAAAAGUACUCUGUAAAUCGUCAAAUAAAUUCGAAAGACUUGUUACUUUGGACGAUAAUACUUAUGUAGUAGCGCAGAGUAGUUCAAUGAUUAUUAUUAAAUCUAGUAACAGCGUUAAAUUCAUAAUUAUUGGUGCUGUGACUGUACUGACAUUAAUAACAAUUAUUGGGCUUGUACUCUCGGAAAAAUUGGCGAGAAAACAUCGCAGACGCAACAGAAGAUUAUAA